UGUAUUGCGUUUGACUUUUGUUUUCUUAAUGGUUCCCACACUUGUCGGUUGCGCUCUGGACACACAGUACCUUCAAACACCGCUACACAAUGUGGACUUUACGAAAUGACAGCUAAGAAAGAUUGUUCGGGUGGAAUCUUCAUAACAUCUCAAAGAAUAUGCAAGAAAAUUUUGUCGGACCUUGCAUUACGUAAACCUACCAAACAGUCGUCAACCUUUGCAAUUUAUACAGCUGAGUAUGCUGUAGAUGGUAACUAUGGCACAGACCUUAUAGACGACCAGUGUACACACACAGAUACAAACGACAUCAACCCCUGGUGGAUGGUAGAUCUGCAAACUGUAAAUUUCAUUACAUCUGGAGGGAUAUACCCAUCUGUCAGAAUAGUCAACAGAGGACCGGAUAGCUGGGGAUCAGAUUCGUCAGACCGACUGCGGGAUGUUACUGUCACUGCAGGGCUGACAGAAUCAACUGUCAGCAUUGUCUGUGGUUUCUUUGCUGGCCCCGGUACUGCGUCACAGGUGGUCAUCAUCGACUGUCCGACAACACCAGAGGGGAGAUUCGUAAAAAUCUCCAAAACAACCGAGUAUCUCUCUCUUUGUGAAGUUGACGUCUUUGGAGUCGCAGUGUAAUCAUUGCAAUUGCCAACGUCUUAGCUGAAACGUUACGUAAAUCGCCAUAAUUUUGCAGAACUGGAUGGACAUACUGUUUAUUCAUUUUAAUGUGACUUUGUCGAAAGGCUUCAGGGUUUUUCCUCUUACAGUGGUGACGUCACUUAAUUAUACAUGCACUUGUACUUGUUCGUUAGUAAUAUAUUGCAUGCAUUCGAUAUUAAGCAAUGUAAAUUCGU